AUGAAUAAUUAUAUGCCGAAAAAUUUUGAUGAAAUAUUAAUAAAUCCAAAGGAUAAAUUGAGCAUAUUAAAAUUUUUUAUAAAUUUAAUAAAAUUUAAUAAUGAUCCAAUUUUAAGUAAAGAAUUAGAAAAAUAUUGUAGAAAUUGGCAAGAAGAAGAUGUGUUAAAUUUGAAAAAUAUAUGUAUUAUAUUAGGUACUCCAGGAAGCGGAAAAACAACAUUAAUAAAAUAUUUAUGUGAUAAAUUAAAUAUGAGAGAAUGUUACUACGAAUCUGAAUCACAAGAACAUAUUAAUUAUAUAAGGAAUAUCAAUGAAGAAGAAGAAAAUAGCCAUUAUUAUCAUCCUUACAAUAAUUUCAUAUUAUAUUCUAAUUGCCAAAUAGGGAGUACCGAAAAACCAAAAAUAUUAUUAGAAAAAAAAAAAGAACUAGAGAGAAAAAAAAUUGAUAACUUUGUAUUAACUGAAACUUCCAAUCAAAUAAAAAGAAGACAUGAUGAAAAAGAUAUCUUUUACUCAAAUAAAAUAUUGAAGAUUUCAUCAGAAAAUAAUAAUAGAAAUAAAAAAAUAAAUGACUCUUUUUUGAUUAAUAAUCUAAAAAAAAAAAUAAUAGAAGAUUCAAUUGAAACGAAUAAUAUUAAUAAUAGAAUAGCAAAUGGUUUUUUUAAAAUACACGAUUUAUUUAUAAAUAUAUUACAAAAUUUAAUUGAAGCAAAUCUAUUAAAAGAAAAGGAAAACUAUGGCAUAUUUGCAUCUAAUAAUUUUAAUAAAAUAAUAAACAAGAACUCUAUUGUAGCUAAUAAAAUAAUGAAAAAAAUAAGUAAUAUUUUAGUUUUAUCUCAAAAAUUGAAAGAACAAAUUAUAGAAUAUUCUACUGAAGUGGAUAAAAUAAAGAAAAAAAGAAUUAUUGAUUUAUUUGCUGAUAAUAAUUACAGUGAACAUAUAAUUAAUGAUUUAAAUGAGUUAAAUAAUUUAAAUGAAGAAAUAAAUACGGAUUUUAACGAAUCAAACCAUUUAAACAAAAAAAUAAUUGAUAAUUUAAAUUUAUAUAAUAAUUUGAAAGAAGAAAUCAAUGAAGAUUUAAUUUUAGCUAAUACUUUGAAAGAGGAAUUAAAUUAUUUAAUUGAAACAAAAAAUUUAAAGAAAAAAAUUGAAGAUUUAUUAAUCUCUAACGAUUAUUUGAAGAAACAAAAAAAAAAUAAUUUUAGACUAAAAGAAAUAUAUAAUUAUAUUAUUAUGAAUAAUUCCGAUGAAAAGGAUAAUAAUGAUCAUAUAUCAAAUAAAUUAAAUAGAGAAAUUAAAUAUUUUAUUGAAUCUAACAAGUCAAAGGAAAUAAUAAAAGAAUUAAUUAUAACUAAAAAUUUAAAGCAAAAAGCAAGUGAAUGUAUAGCUAUUGAUUGCAAAUUAAAUGAGAGAAUGAAUGAUAUGAAAUAUAGAGAAAGUAAAGAAAAUAAUGAAAGACUUCAUAAUAUUAUUUUAAGUAAUUCCAUAAAUAAAAAAAUAAGAAAUUCCAUCAUAAAUGAAAAUUACAAAGGAAAAUUAAUUGAUUUAAUUGUGGCUAAUAAUUUUAACGAAUAUAUAAUAAAUGAUUUUAAUAUCAGUAAUACUGUAAAAGAACUUAUAAUUGAUAAUAUAUUUUUAAGUAAUUAUUUAAAAGAUAUAUUUAUUAUUAACUUCAUAGUUAUUAAUUAUUUAAAGGAAGAAAUGAUUAAUGAUUUUAUUGUAGCAAGUAAUUCAAAUGGGAGAAUAGAUGAAAAUUUAAAUAUAGAUAAUAUUCCUAUAAUAAAAAAAAAAAAUUCAAUAAAAAACAAUAAUUCUAUUAAAAAUUUUAAAGAUAAUUUUAAUGUAACUAAUAAUUUAUAUAAAGAAAUUAACUUUUUUGUUGAAAAUGAUAACUUAGAUAGUAAAACAAAUGACUCAUUUUACAAUGAAAAUUCAUAUGACCAUAUAAACGAUUCAAUUAAAGUAAAUAAUACAAAAGAAGAAUCAGAUGAUGAGUUAAAUGUACCUGAUAAAUUAUUUAAAAAGUUGAAAAAUUUCUUAUAUGAAAUAUACAAAUUAAAUAAAAAAAUAAUAAACAAUUUAAAUAAGUCUAAUAAUGUGUUUGAAAAUAUAAUUUCCUAUCUGAAUGAAAAUAAUUCAUUAAAGAUGAACUUGCUUAAUAAUUUUAUUGAAGUUAUUAAUUUAAGAGAUAAAGUAAUUGAUUCCUUAACAGGUAAUAAUUCAAUAGAAAAGAUGGAUUGCUUAGUUACGGAUAAUAGCUUAUAUAAAAAUAUAAUGAAUAUAGAUUUUAAAAAAAAGAGAGAAGAAGAAAAAAAGAAGUUAUAUUAUGAAAAAAAUUAUAUAGUAACUCGUGCUAUUAUUAUUGAUGAGUUACCAGUUACGGAACUAGAAUAUUCAGAAGAAUUUAGAGAUAGUUGUGUAUCUUCUAUGCAAUUUGUAUUUAAUCGUGUAGAUUUUUGUAAACAGGAACAUUUGAAAUAUUCGAAAGAAAAAAAUUUCUCAAAAUAUUUAGAAUGUUAUACAAUUCACCCCAUAAUAAUUUUUAUAAAUUCAUAUGAACAAAUAAAAACAGUUAAUACAUUACUAGGAGUUGAUAUUAAUUACUCUCCGUAUGUUCAUUUUAUAAAACUGAAAAAAAUACAUCCACUGUAUCUUGAAAAAAUAUUAACUGAAAGAUAUUAUUGUAAAAUGAUAAAUUCAAAUAAAGAAACAAAAGAAAUUAUAAAACAUUAUGCACAUAACUGCAAUGGAGAUAUAAGGUCUUGUUUUAAUGCUUUGGAUUUUUUAAAUAGAAUUCCAGAUCUACAUAAAAUGUCUUUUGAAGAAAUAAAUAAUGUUUCUACUAUAUGCCAAAAUGAUAUAUUUGGUUUUGUUAAAAAAGUAUUAUAUCGUAACAUUUGUACAGAAAUAAUUUCAGAAAGAGAUAUACAAUCAUCAAAUUGUUUAAAAUACGAUUUUCAUUUAAGUAGUCCAUUUAAAAAUAAAAAUGAAGAUAAAUAUACUGAAGAUAUUACAAAUAAAAAUAUACACACAUCUAUAAGCUUGAUGGAUAAUGAAGAAAUAUAUAAAAUCAAUAAUACAAUGGAUAAUGUUUUAGAAAUGAAAAAUAAAACAAAAAAUUCAAAUCCUUUAAUUAUUAAUAAAAAAGAAUUAAAGAAUGAUAAUAACGUAUCUGAUAGCAUAAAUAAAAAAAAUAGUGUUUAUAUGAACAUAUUUGAAGAAUUAGAUAAUAAAGCUGAUAUUAUGAAUAUAUCUGAGAAAUUUCAAAUUUUAUCAUUAUUAAAAGAAAAUUAUUUAUUUUUCUAUAAUAGUUUAUCUGAUAUUGCAAGAUUAAUUUCAAAUUUGAGUAUUAUUGAUUUUUCUUUUCAUGGAGCUGAUUGCUCAAAUCUUUUAAUGAGGAAAUCAUAUGAUAAUUUAAAUGGUGAUAUUAUAAGAUUUAUAAAUGAUCAUUUUAGAUUAACAUAUAGAUAUUAUUUUUCAUGUAACAGAAAUCCUAGAGUUCCAAUUGGAAAUCCUUCAUUCCCUCCUAAUUCAGAAGAGAAAUAUACGUUAGACGUAAUUAAAAAAAAAAAACUUCAAUAUUCAAUACAAAACCCAGAUUCAUUCAAAAUACCUUUUACAUUUAAAACAAAUCCCAUGAAUAAAUAUUACCACCAUUUUAGCAUAGUAAGAAAAGAACUGUAUGACAGAUAUAUUAUGAUUGCAAUUAAAAAAUUAAUUAAUCAAAAUAAAAAUAACAUUGAUAUAAUUGCAUCCAAAUAUAGUUUUUUUUUAAGAGGAAACCAUGAAUUAUUCUCUAGUUUUUUUCCUUGUUAUAUAUUGUUGAUUAUAGAAUACUGGAAUAGCCAGUUUAAAAAGGAACAUAACGAUAUAAAUGAAGAUAAAAACAUUUCGUCUUUAAAUAAAAGUGACUUAAAUAUGAAUCCAAUGCUUUAUUUUAAUAAAUUUCAUGAAAUAACUUGUCAUUUCAAAUUAAAUGUAGAUGAAAAUAGAAAAAUAAGUGAACAUGCUAAUGAUAUAAUUUCUUUUACUGAAACAUUUAUUACACCCAAAUUUAUAGCUCUUUUUUUUCCUUCUUAUUUAAAAUAUUUAAACAAUGAAACUAAACAAAAAAAAAAUGUAAAAAAUUUAAUUGGAAAACAAGCAGUAUCAAUAGAAACAUAUUUUGAAAUGAGAAAUUUACUUCGGUUACAUGAUAUGGAAUUAUAUAAUUAUUUUUUUAGUUAUUAA